AUGGAUAAAGUGGGGGGGGGGGAUCGCCUUGGGGCUCUUCUUGAUACUAUGAAUGCACUUAAAAACCUUGGGCUGAAUGUCGUUAAGGCAAAUGUCUAUCUAGAUUCCUCUGGAAAGCACAACAAAUUUGCCAUCACUAACGCUUCUACUGGUAGAAAAGUUGACGAUCCGGAGAUGCUUGAGGCAAUUCGUUUGACAAUUAUAAACAAUCUGCUUCAGUAUCACCCGGAAUCAAGUUCCCAGUUAGCAAUGGGUGUAGCUUUUGGCGUUGAACCACCAAAACAGCAGGUUGAUGUGGACAUAGCGACCCAUGUAAAUGUCUCUGAUGAUGGUCCUGAUCGAAGCUUGCUUUAUGUGGAGACAGUGGAUCGCCCUGGAUUAUUGGUUGAUCUUGUAAAGAUUAUCACUGACAUCAAUGUCGCUGUUGAAUCAGGAGAGUUUGACACUGAGGGGCUGUUGGCUAAGGCAAAAUUUCAUGUCAACUACAAGGGCCAAGCCCUCAUCAGGCCUCUCCAACAGGUUGUUGCUAAUAGUUUACGAUAUUUUUUGAGGCGACCAUCAACAGAGGAGGCAAGUUUCUGAGCUGUUGUUGAUGAUCCAAUUCACAAUUAUACACUCAAAUGAUUCUGUACUCCCAACAUGGAAUUAUAAAAUGUUGUCACUGUAAUGGCCUUGUAUAACCAAGACUUAUGGACAAUAAUCAAUAAAUCUGUGAUCUCUUAUUGUUAGAUUGAAACUGAUAUUUAUAUCGAAAAUUCUUCAA